GAAAAUGGUGAUAAUAUGUUAAGUGGUGCCCAAACAGAAGAAGAAGCGGCUUGUGUAAGGCGACAUCUUAUAGUUCCUGAGCAGAACAUCUGUAACAAUAUCUGCAAAGAUGACAUUAAGACUGAAAUUAUACUAAAUACUGAACAAUCCAAUGAUCUGUGUAUAAAGAGUGACCUAGAUGCCCCAGUGCAAGAAGUGUGUGACGGCAUCAGCAUAGGUGAGCAUGGAUCACUUAACCAGGAAGACGAAAUCCUGGACGUUUAUUCAUCGCAAAGGACAAGAGGCGCUAACAACAGUUAUAAUACACAGCACAGUCAAAGAGAAGUAUCUAAUUACUCAUUUGUAGAACCGAUAUUAUGUGCUGGAGACAAUUUUGAAUCCAUAUUUGCUUCUUCUUCACAGGAGCAACAAUUAUGUUUAAACAAUAAUUUUGAUAAUGAAAGUGACGAUGUGCUAUUUCAUUCCAUAAAUUUUAAAAAUGAAGACUUGGCAGACUGUGCCAAACAAAUUAAUAAAAAUGUAGCUUGUGAAUCUUACCGAGAAUUGACGACUGAAGAGAAGCAAUACAUUUGUCAAAAAUGUGGGAAGGGUUUCUCCCAGAACUCGCAAAAGAUCACGGUUCUCCAAACACGGUGUUUGCCAGGAAUGUGCAAAAGUUUCCUCUGCCAGAUCAAAUCUGGUUACAAAACAAAUAACUCAUACGGGGCGGACAACGCCAUCUUUAUCAGAAAUUUGGUAAAGGCUUUUCCUUCAAGUCACACCAAGGAAUUCAUACAGGGGAGAAAACAUUUGUUUGUAGAGAGUGUGGAAAAGGUUUCUCUGCAGGUCUUCCAUGCUAAAACAUCAGCAGGUCCAUAGAGAAAUAACCGAUAUGGUUCUGAGGUUUUGGCUUCUACAGGAGAAAAAACAUAUGUUUGUCAUGUAUGCGGAAAAGACUUUCCUCACAUAGUCGGUGUUGAUCACUCAUCAUAGAACUCAUACAGGAGAAAGGCCAUUUACCUGCAACAGUGCGGCAGAGCUUUCGCCCAAAGCGGUAGCUUGGUACGGCAUCAAAUCGUUCAUACAGGAGCAAAGCCGUAUGUUUGCCAGAAAUGUGGAAAAGCCUACACUCGGAGGACAUAUUUGAUGAUGCACCAAAAAAAAACCAUGUAUGGGUUUUGGUGCAAUGAAUCGGUUGCACUCUGGUGUGACAGUUAAAAGUGUGUUGUUUUUUUUUUUGUUUU